AUGAAUACUUUACUAAAAAAGAGAACAUACCAGGAGGUGAUCACAAUCAAAGACUCGGAUGAUGAACAUCCUAUCAUUGUCGAACUAUCUGAUUCGGAUUCGUCGGAAUCGGAAUCAAUAUCAGAAAUAGAAGAUGAUUUCUCUUUCGUCAAUUUAGAAGGUAUCGAUUUCAAAGAUCUCAAUUCAUUGAUAAACUUAAAUAGAAUCUAUAAUCUCUAUUAUCAAUGUUUGGAGAGUGGAAACGAUAGUUUAAGAUCACAAUGUGUAAAGUUCUUUGUAGACUAUCAUAAGUGCAAGUUUAUUCAUUAUUUCGAUGUUCAAGGUUAUAUCAAGUUCAUUGUCGAUGUCUUCUUUGAUCCCAAGUUCAAUGUUUUCAACAACAUGUCAUCGUUUUUCACUGAUUCUCAUUUACCAACGAUAGAGGAUAUUUACAAUAGAAUAAUCAAUGAUAAAAGAAAACUUAAUGAAGUUGACCAUCAAUUAACGAAAAGAAUAGAGAUCUAUCAAGAAUGUUUUUAUUUUGGUGAUUUAGAUAGAAUCCAAGGUACCUUUAAAUAUCACUUUAAUGAUUUUUAUAACAAGCAAUUGGCAAAGAACAAUGACAAUGAGAAACAAGAACCAAACAAUCAAAAUUGUGAAUUUCGAUUGAAGAAGAAUACAAAUACAGGUAGUGAUUCAAUUUUCAUCAAUAAGGAAUCUAGUUGUUUUCUAUCAGAUCUAUUACUGGAUAGAAUCAUCUCAUUCUCUUUGAUAAACAAAGACAAAUCAGACUACAUCCUUGUCGAAUAUGUCAUGAACUUUUCUUUGGUUUCCAAAAAGUUCUUCAGAGUUGUAUCAAAGAUACUUACAAAAAGUUAUUACGAAUCGCACGGUCUCAUCAAUCUUGAGAGUGAAUACUCUCUUAUCCAAUCACCACCAUUGUUCUUUGAUUAUGAAUCGAUCAAAUACAUCAAAUAUGGUUGGAGUACCGAUCGUAUCAAUCAAUUAUUCGAAAGAGUCGAACUGUUUCUUAUCAAAUCUGACGAAUAUGAUUAUACCUGCACUGCUGAUCCUAUUCAAAGAGAUUAUAUAACUAAACAUUCAUUUGGCAAUUUACCUGAAGAGUAUUAUCAAGAAAGUAUUACAACAGAUGGUUACUUGGUACACCUUCCAGCAAUGCCGAAUCUAAAGAGCAUCACCGUCAAACGCUACUAUGGAUUCGAAGACAACUACAGUUCAUUUCUAACAUCGAUAUUUAAGAGCACACCGAAUGGUGAUGGUCAUGGAAUUGAAUCAUUCAAAAUCGAUAUCUACAAAGAUACUCAAGAAUUUUCUGGAGACUUUUGUAUCUUGGACUUCUUAAGUCCACUGUUACGAUUACACUCAAAAACUUUAAAAUCAAUCGAAUUCAAGUACAUCAAGAAUUGCGGUGUUCAAGAUAUGAAGGAAUUGCUAAAGAUAUUGAAAGAUUGGAUUCCAACAAUGGAACAACACAACUACUCAUUUAAAUUGUAUACCAACUAUCAAAAGUUAGAUAGAGCGUGUCGAGAUGAUCUAGAUCGAAAAGUACAACAAUAUUUCCUCAACCAAAAAGUCAAAAACAAUAUAUCAGACGAAGAUAUCGGUAUUUUCGAUGAUGCUGAUGACUAUGAUGAAGACGAUGAUUCUUAUGAAUAA